AUGAGAGAUGUUGUGUAUGUUGGUCGAAAGAAGCUGCGGGAGACAAAUACUCGGGAGCUGGGCUUCUCAAGAGAUGAGAGGAAGAUGUUCAUCAACGAAAAUCUUGCCCCGGCAACGAGGUCACUACUGAGGAAGGUGAAUGAGGAAAGGAAGAAGGCUGGCUGGAAAUUCCUGUGGACUGUGAAUGGCACCAUCCUGGUUGUUCAUAUCGCAGUGCUGACCGUGGGAUACACCAAUGUAGAUACAUCUAGCGAUUUGCGGUAUCAAUGUUACCUCAGUGAAGCAGAUACAGACGCUACACGAUCAUUUGGUCGAUCGGCACCCAUAACAACAGACAGAUCACCCCCAGAAGGUGUGCAACAUACUUCAAGUCUUUUUUCAGCCGCCAUACAGGUCAUAUUCCCUGCAGGAGAUGGAUGGGAUAGAGAUGGUGUCGGUCCUUUCUACUGUGAGGCUUCUAAACCUGGUCGAGAUGUAACAAGGGUUACUACAUUUUUCCGACGAAAUGACGCAAAAUUCAUAUCAAGUAAUGAUUUGGUUACAAAGACUGUCAAUGUGAAUGACACCGGAGUGAUGAUCAGCAUGACUAGUCGUAGUAAUCCUGAUGCGAGUGCCAAUGUGAUUACUUGGAGGAAAGAUGGAAGUGAGAUUCUUACAUUAUUUCGUGGGCAGACUCAGAUCAGCUUCCCAAACCCAAUCCAGACAUCAGACCAAGGAAUCUAUGAGAUCUACUAUGAUAACGAGAGGAAUCAAAAUAGAGGAGGACUAUACAGACUAAUCGUCAGAGAAUGCACUGCUGGUAAGUGGGGUCCCCCUGAGUGUUAUGGUAUCUGUGAUAAAUGCUACAAUGGUGGAAUCUGCGAUGACAAGUCUGGUCUAUGUAUCUGUCCUAAUAACUUCAAGGGACCGAAUUGUUUAGAAAUUUGUAGAACUGAUGGUGGAAAUCGAUUUGGAUUGAACUGCGAGUUUCAAUGUUCAUUUGGCAAUGAUCGUGUCUCACGAUGUCAUGGGAGACUUUUUUGCCUUCCUGAUCCUUAUGGAUGUUCAUGUGACGCCGGUGCCCAUGGUCUUACAUGUAAGACAUUAUGUAAUACUACAUAUGGUGCAGGAUGUUCACAGACAUGUCACUGUGCGGGCGGUGGUUCAUCAUGUAACAUCUAUAGUGGAAUAUGUACAGGUGGAUGUCAGACUGGCUGGUCUGGGGAUAACUGUCAAAUUCCAGAUGAAUGUGAAGCCGGUUACUAUGGAUCUCAAUGCACUGAUAAAUGUCAUUGCUUGAAUGAUGACCCAUGUGGUAAAGAUACUGGAGAGUGCUCUGAGCAGAAGUGUGCUCUAGGAUACAAAGUACGCAAUGGCCAGGUCAAAUGUCAAGAGUGUGAAGGGGGUACUUUUGGUUUGGAUUGUCGUCAGCAAUGUCACUGUACUCCAGAGGCUUGUGAGAAGCAGAGAGGUUUGUGUAAUGGACAAUGCCUUGAUACAUGGAUUGGACCAUACUGCCAAAGAAUAUCAAGAUUGAUUCCAGUGAGAGUGAACCCAUACCAACCAUCUAGCUUCACAUGUUAUGUUGAGGGUAUCCCACUUCCCGAUGCAUCCUCAGUUGAUCUUUACAGACGUACUGGAGAAAUAAAUGACAGGACGGGAAUCACCAGGAGAUUUAGCAUUGUCUCAGGGUCAGAAAGAGCUGUUGUCUUUGAUCUUGAUAGUGUGUAUCCACAGGAAUAUGGGAGAUACGUUUGCAUUCUUAUUGUUGAAAAUGUAGGCUAUCCCAGUACUCCCGUUACCAACGCAACCUAUGUUCUGCCAGUCAUAGAGAAAGAACCAGUGAUAGUGAGCACCACGUCAACUACAGUUGGUCUUCGAUGGAAUGCAUGGUCUGAAGAAGAUGAAAUUGGUGAUCCUCCUCUGAUAGGAUAUGAUGUCUUUGUAAAGAAGGAAAGUGACUGGGUAACGGAUCAGAGAGUAAACCAAGUCACAACAUCAGCCAUCGUUAGUAACCUGACACCCGACACAGAUUACAAGUUUCGUGUAGCAGCAGUGAGGGAAGGAACCGGCGGAACAGGACCCGUGUCUCCUUGGAACAACACAAUAACUCGCUGUAGAAAACCCAGUGCUUCUCCAACUGGACUACAAGUUUCAGCCAUCAACCCUAAAGAGCUAGAGGUGACAUGGGAGCAUCUUCCCUCAGAAUCAGCAGAAUGCAGGAGUGGAUUGACUCAUUAUAUGAUCUACUAUGCUCCCACUGGAUCAACUUCUUCAAACUCUAUCUUGGUUUCUCGUGACGAUAGCUCCUGUGUGAUAAGAGGGUUAGAUACCUUUCUGGACUAUACCAUCCAAAUAAGUGCAUCAAAUAAAGACGUGGAGAGUGAUAGGAGCAGUGAGAUUAUCGGCAAAACAAUUGAAGAAGUUGCACCUAGUCCUAUUAAUGUGGCUAUACCACGGAGUACUACAAGCUCCUUCACUGUAUCCUGGUCUACACCUCUACCAUCUAACAUCAAUGGUAACAUCCAGAAGUAUAUCAUCCGCUUCAAGCAAAUUGAUCCCGUUGUUGAUGGUGACUUUCAGAUGGAGGAAGUAUUGAAUGGUGCGUUUGAAGGAGAGCAUACUGUGGUAGACCUGACAGCAAAGUCCAACUACUCAGUUCAGGUACAGACUGUUAAUGGAGCCGGUCCUAGCAAUUGGUCAGAACCUGUGAAUGCUAAGACGAUACCAUCAGGUGGCCCUCCCAGUCCAUCAGUAGGCCCGAUAGUAGGCGGUGUCACGGCUACCCUUAUUAUCAUCAUCCUGGUCAUUAUUCUCGUCCUCGUCAUCUUUAGAAGGAUCAAACAAAGACGUUUAAACGCUGAACCGGCCGAGCCAACCGCGUGGCCACCAAAUACUGCACGAGAGGCCUCUUCGAAGUAUGGGAACUCUGCAUAUGAUGACACGGACACCCAUACACACCAAAAUCCUAAUACUGACACACCUAAUUACCAGAAUCUUACCGAUCCCCAUACAUCAGACCCGGGACACACCUACGAAGAAAUAAUAUAGAAGCAACCCAAGCGUGGCAAAGGUGUAUGUUGCCAACAUUGAUACUUGCUGGCA